UCAAAAUAAAAACAAGAGUGAAAAGAAAAAGAGUUUGAAAAUGAAGAGAGUGUCAACUUUGAUUGUGUUACUUCUGACAGUUGCAGCCAUGAAGCCUGCGAAUGGAUUCAGUUGUGUGGAGGCAAAACUUUCAUUGUUGGCAUGCUUACCUUUUCUGACCAGCAGUCAAAAUAGCCCUUCAAGUGCUUGUUGUAAUGCAGUGAGCAAUGUGAGAGCAUCAGCACCUACAAAACCUGAACUUCGUGAGGCAUGUCAAUGUCUUACGGCAGCCGUGGGUGAAUUUCCAAACCUUGACAAAGACAGAGCCAUUCAACUUCCUAAACUAUGUAACGUUGAUGUCGGUUUUCCCCUCACCAAAGACAUUGACUGUAACACGAUCUCUCUUUAAGCAAGAGUUUAAAGGAUGAAACGGGACAUUGAAAAUGCUUGAUUAUAUGCUUUCAACUUCCUUUCCUUUUCAUGAAAAAAAAAUAAGAUUGUUUUCUCAACUUGUUCCAACAGGC